AUGUCGGCAGCAGUGACACAGACGACGCUGCCCUUGCCGCUGAUCUCGCGCGGCAAGGUGCGUGACAUUUAUGAUGCACAGUUGACAGAGGGCCUAUACAAGGAUGCACUCUUGAUUGUAGCCACCGAUCGCAUCUCCGCGUACGAUGUGGUUCUUGCUAACGGUAUCCCAGACAAGGGCCGAAUCCUGCAUGCCAUCUCAACGAUGUGGUUUGAAAUGCUGACGCCCCAUAUCGUGCCAUCCCAUGUGCUCGCGACCAAGUGGGAGCAGCUCCCCGCGGAUCUCCAGAAGAAGCUCGAGGGUGUGCGAGAGCAGGUGGAUGGCCGUGCCAUGCUCGUUCGGCGUGCCAAGGUGCUGCCGAUCGAGGCGAUUGUGCGUGGCUACCUGUCGGGCAGCGCGUGGAAAGAGUACCAGAAGACGACGCACGUACACGGACAACCACUUGUACCUGGACUCCGCGAGAGCCAGAGGAUUCCUGAUGGCCCCCUCUUUACGCCCUCGACCAAGGCCGAGGUGGGCGAGCAUGACGAGAAUAUCAGUGUGGAACAGGCCACCCAGCUCCUGGGCGACGGGCUUGCUAAGAAGGUGCAGGACAAGUCUGUCGCCCUAUUCACGGCUGCGUCUGAGUUUGCCGAGCAGCAUGGUCUUAUCCUGGCCGACACCAAGUUUGAGUUUGGUCUCGUGGAAGACGGUGAGCUGAUCGUGGUCGACGAAGUGCUGACGCCUGACUCGUCGCGCUUCUGGCCAAAGGACACGUAUCAAGUGGGGCAGUCGCAGCCGAGCUUUGACAAGCAGUUUGUGCGUGACUGGAUGACAUCGCAAGGUCUAGACAAGACGGCGAUCCACUCGAAGGAACCUGUCGUGCUCCCUGACGGGGUCGUGCAACAGACGACGGCAUUGUACCGUGAGGCAUACAAGCGCUUUACAGGAAAGGACUUUGCAUAG